AUGGAGAUGGCAGCCAAGGGAGCAAAAACAGGAAAGGAAAGCCUAAACAUGGAGGUGGAUAGUGGACAAGACCUUCAAAAUAAGAACUCUGCAAAGAAAAAGAAACCUGUGGAAGACAAAGCUGCAAAUCAUCAUUCAAGCUGUAGCAUUCCCGCUAUUAUCAAUGAUGAUGACACAGUGAAUAAAACUAGAGGAGAACUGAAACAAGUUCCUGAUGAAAAGGUUGACAUAACUUGUGAUUCAGAACAAAAUGAGGAAGACAAAAAACCGGUGGCCAGUAACCCAAAAGAAAUGUCUUACACAGAAUACCUAGAAUUUGUUGAAAAAAGUCAAACUGAAAAUGACAAUAAUGAUGGUGUUUUAAUGGAAAUUGAACAGGUUGAAGGUAAUGAAAACAAAAUACGGGAGAAUGAUGAUGUUGAUGGGGAGGUAAUUGAAAAAGACAAAAUUGAUGUCAGAAAGAAGCCGGGCAAAAGGAAAGUUGAGGUGAAUGAAACAUUGACUGACGGAGACAGUUCAGAACCAAGACGCAGUCAGAGAAAGCGAUACAAAGUUGAGGCUUUCCAAAUGGAUGCUGACAAUUUAACACCAAUAAAAAUUAAACUGAAAAGAUGCCCCAAGAGUAGCAGCAGUGAAGACAGGGAGGCCCAAAGAAAGGCCGCCAAAAAACUAAAGGUAGUAAAUUGCAGAUACAAGUAUUUAACAAACAGCAAAGCAGGCCACGGCACAAGCCUUGCUUCAAAAGGCAAAGAAAGGUCGACCAAAAAAAUAUGUUGUCCAGACAAUAUCAGAUUCGCUUAUUCCAAAGAGACCAAAAGUCCUAAAAAGAAACGCAGCAAACAUGUUAAAGAGCGAAACCAGUCAAAUUCCUCAGAAGAUUCUUCUGGAAACCGUCGAAGCUCUCGUCUGGUUGGUCGCAAGAUGGCAUCCAUGGAGGAGGUUUCGCUAGAGAACAUUCUCAUCUCGUCUUCUGAGGAUGGGGAUGAUGAAGCAAGUGUUGUCAUGGUGAUGAAGAAGAAAGAGAAAAAGAAAAAGAAGAAAAUGCAUGUAGAGGAAGGGACAUCCAAGGUGGAAAUGGAUGUAAAAUCGUCUUCAAGGUUGAAAGAGAACACACCAAAGAAGAAAGCUUUCAGUCUUCAAACAAAUAACAGCCCAGCCAAGAAACCUGCUGGCAAAAUUGCACCAAUGUUUCUCCUGGGCAAGAAAAAGUCUGAUGUGGCCGCCUCGCCGAAAAAGCCACCAUUGGACCCAGAGGUCGCCAGGCAACGCCAGGAGUUCCUUAGCAGCGGCGUUCCAGAGGAGCUGCGUAAGCAGACCGCAGUGCGGUUGGCGGCACAGGGGGUGCAGGGUUACCCGCCCUUGCCUACCAUCAGCCAUGUGCAGCAGAUUUCGGCCCCUGUGUGUUCAGGAGGGGUUGAUGUGUGGAGACUGGGCCAGGUGGAGCUAACUCUGAGGCAGCUGCUUGAUCACAGAAUUGUCUACCCUGAAUCCAUCUUCAAUGGAGACAUGAUUAGUGGCUCUCAUAUUGGUGCAACAACUCCUAUACUCCUGUGCAAUAGAAUAAAGCCUCCCUGUAUGUCCCCUGACAUUGUGGAGCUGUGCCUGUCGGAGAUCUCUGCUGUCAACCCUGCGUUCCCCGUCCGACAGUUCUACACGGCCCUGUUCGAGAUGAAGACAGAGACGGAGAAACCCCCACCAAAAUCAGAGUCCAUGUUGAAGACCGACAUGAAAGGGAUUCUGGCUGGCUGUACAGACAUGGUUGUCAUUGACGACGGGGAGGAGGUGCAGGGAACCAGUAAGAAGGGACGGAGUCUCAAAUUGAAGAAAAAGGGGAAACAGGACAAUGCAGCAGGGGAGGCGGUUGAGAAGGGUGCUGUGGAAAAUACACCUGCAAAUUGUGGUCUUCUUUGGACCGAGAAGUACUGCCCAGCCAAGAGUUGUGACGUUCUGGGUAACACUGCAGUCCUUAAGAAGCUGCAAGCGUGGCUUUCGGAGUGGAAACACGUGCUUGACCGAGAGGCCCGCAAGGCACGCAAACUCCUCCUCAAGAAACAGAAGGGGAGGCCCAUCAAUAACAAGAGAAAUGAAGACACUGCCUGGGAUGAUGACAGUGACUUUGAUCUGGACAGUGAGGACAGUGAGGAGGACGACUCGCUGUGUAACACCAUGCUGAUGUCAGGGCCCCACGGCUGUGGGAAAACCAGCUCCGUGUACGCUCUGGCCCUAGAACAAGGCUUCAAGGUGCAUGAGGUAAAUGCGUCAUCAUGUCGCAGUGGUAAGCAGAUCCUCUCCCAGCUACAGGAGGCCACCCAGUCACACCAGGUCUCCAGUCAGGGCUCACACACUCCCAGGAAACACACGGCUUUGGGCACAUGCAGCCAGGAAGGCAAGGUGCAACCAGCCAGCAAGAUGCCCACUGCGUUCACGAACCUGUUCAAGAAGGGAGGGGCUUCCCAACACCCCUCAGACCCUCCCCCUGCCCAGGAUAGCAAGAAGAGGAAGAGGAAGAAAUCUGGAAAAGACUCCAGUCCAAGCACCAGGCAAGCCAAGGGUCCCGAAGGGCUCAAGUCUCGGGCUCAACAUCUGGCCCUGGAGGAUACAAGCUCCCAGAGCGCAGCCACCCGUAGUCUCAACCUCUCCAGUACCACCCUUAUACUGUUUGAUGAAGUGGACGUAGUGUUCGAGGAGGACCGAGGCUUCCUGUCUGCCAUCCAAACGUUCAUGUCCAACACCAAGGUCCCCAUCAUUCUCACCACUGCUGACCCCGCCUUCUCCACCGCGCUGGAGGGCAGGUUUGAACUGGUCACUCUCAAGAGACCUCCCGUGUGCAGCAUUGCCAGCUACAUGCAGACCCUGUGUACAGUGGAGGGUCUCCGUACAGACGCAGGCACAUUGCAGCAAGUGGCCAAGCUGCACAACUGUGACAUGAGACGCUGCCUUCUCCAUCUACAGUACUUCAUCUUAUCUGGAGGAGACAACUUUGUCAGCUAUCGACCCUUCGUGACAACCGCUGUAGCCAAUCAUAAUGGCUCCAGCCUCUUACCUAGACAGGAAUCUAACAGUAGUUGCACCAAUAGCACUUCUCAGUCUUCUCAGGAAGGUACAAAAAAGCAGUCCAUAGAAACAAGUGCAAAUUUUCAUGACAAUGAUGACGAUGAUGAUUUUGUCACGUUAAAACCUGUCAGGAAGCGAGCAAGAAUCUUGGACGAGGAUUCCAGUUCGCUACAGGGCACUCCUGAUAUUGCUCCAUCAAAGCCAGACAUGUCUGGGGACAGUAAAGUGGUCAUGGAGUCAGGGAAAUGUCCGCCCGUACACUCACUGGGUAUGGCUGUGGCUGAAAAUGUCAGGCAGUGCUUGCAGCACACUAGCCCAGAAAGUCGAGCUCAGUUGAUCUCCAUCUGUGCUCAGCUGAAGCCAGUAACGCCAGCUCACCUCAUGUACAACAAUCUACAUGUCCUGUUGCCAUACCAACUCAAGAUUGUUGAUUCUAUGGAGGCACUGUGCCCUAGGGACCGUAUAGAGCCAUUCUUGAAAACAAGGAAGCGCAUCAAGUUGAACAGUGAUCUGUAUGACAGUGAGGCCUCGAACGAUUGUCUUGAGGACUCCAGUCAAAAGUGCAAAUCCCAAGAAAGAAACUCAAAUUCUGCUGAUGUUCAGGAAGAAGCAGGAAUAACUGUUGGUGAUAAAGUGAACAUAACUGAGGUCAAAACAGAAUGCAAUACAGACUCAAAUUCAGAGAAAUUUUCUAAAGAAAACCAUACCAUUUUGGGUAAAAGUCUUUCACAGUUCUCUAAAUUUUAUGACACAAUGUCGGAGAUUGAUCAGAUGGAAUCAAAGGUAUCAUUACAGAUAGGGCAUUCACUUAUAGGUGUGAACAACCGGCAGAUAAAAGGCAGUCUCAUAGCUGGACUCGAGAAUAACUUGCCAAAGUUUGACCCAAUUAAUGAACUAGAUCUUGAGCAAUGUUGGGAAUACAGCUCAGAAAUAGAGGGCAGGUCAGCUGCCCGAGUGUACCAGGAGUGUGUGAAGCUGCAGGCACAGGUUGGAAACCUGAGUGAGGACCAAUCAAACUUCACUGACAGCCACAUGGUGCUGCCGGUGUUGAAGGGUCAAGAACAGUUCUCAUUGGUUGAUAGAUCUCAUUUCACUCCCCCUGCAGACUACUGUUCUGCCACAGAUAACAUUGUGGACAACUUGCCUCUACUGACCCACUCAAGUCGACGCACGCUCCACCUGGAUUACCUCCCCUUUGUUCGAGACGUCUGUCGCACGGAGCAGGCUAGGCAGCUUGUAAACACAAAACGAAGAUUUCACCACUACUUUGACAGCAUUGGUUGGCCCCUGAAGGAGAAGACUAUGGUCACCAUGGCAACUACAUUUUUGUGAUCCCUUAUUUCAUUGACAUCUGUUUCCAACUGUCACGUGUUCCGUAGAUUAAUAGCAGCACCAAACUUCUCAGGGUUUCAUGUAUUCCGUCAGCUUUAAGUUCAAUAUUGUCUUAAGAUUGUCUCAUAGAAGCCUUGUUUGAUUCAUAUAAUAAAUGGGGAAAAAAUA